AGCAUAGAGUGCGAAACGCGACACCCGAGAAAGAGAAAAAAGAAACGGGGGGAGAAACUGAGGGCAGGGAUCGCUGAGAACUGGAGAAAGUCUGGGGGAAACAGAGAAUAAAAACUGACCAGUUCUUGAAAUUUAGACCGCGUGAUGUUGUGAGUGGGGGAAAUACUUUGAGUGGUAGCUGAAAUGCUACUCUACACUGGGAAAGCGAGUAAUGGCCAAGAUAGAAGAGACGUCUCUCUUAGUUUGAAGCCGUCCACCGGGACUCUUCCUUACACCUGGAGUUUGACAAGACUCGGCCGCAUUUAACGCCCCGGUGACCGGAAGAAAGUAAGUCGCCACUGCCGUGCAAACUCAGAAGAAGCGGGGUACAAGCGGUGUGCGAAGCAGUGUACCGUGGAAGUACUUCACGGUGGAGUGAAGAGACCGAGGGAAAGUAACAAAGAAGCGCAAAGAAACUUUGCGAUUGUUGAACUGACGCGCUAACGACAGGAGGGACCACAAGACACAGGGAGGCCGGCUCUACCUUCCUGAGAACCACAAUGAAAACACAGGGGGACGCUGGCUUCACCCUGCCAGACUGGGCCUGCAAGGCCGAAUCCAGCCCAGGUUCACGGCAGGUCCAGCUGUGGCACUUUAUUCUGGAGCUGCUUCGCAAGGAGGAGUACCAGGAUGUGAUAGCCUGGCAGGGUGACUACGGCGAGUUCGUCAUCAAGGACCCUGAGGAGAUGGCACGGCUGUGGGGGGCGCGCAAGUGCAAGCCACAGAUGAAUUACGACAAGCUGAGCCGCGCACUCAGGUAUUACUAUAACAAGAGGAUUCUGCACAAGACCAAAGGGAAGAGAUUCACAUACAAGUUCAACUUCAACAAGCUGGUGCUUGUAAACUAUCCCUUUGUUGACAUGGGUGCUGCAGGCCGCGGAAUUCCUCAGAGUGCCCCGCCGGUGCCCUCGGGGGCAGGAACCCACUUCCGCUUCCCCCUGGUCCCGCCAGUGGAGACGCUGUCCCCUAGCGAGGCCCCCCGCAGCCCCGGCUCUGCCAGCACGCUGGGGGCUCUCUCCCGCCGCAUGGCCCGUGGGUCCGUCAGUGACUGCAGCGAUGGCACAUCUGUUCACUCAGAGCUGGAGGAAGGCGGAGUGGGUGACGAGCGAGGCUUCCGGGCCAUCCUGCCAUCCCGCCUCCCUCCCGAUUCGUUCCUUAGGGUGUACGGGCCCCCCCCAAACCCCUCACUCCCUCGCACGAUCCAGCCUCCCCGAGUUCACCCAGAGCCGCUGUCCCCCUUCCCAGUGUCCCCCCACCCCGGACUCUCUCCAGUCCUGUCACUGACACCCUCCUCUCACCUGUACACGCCUUCGCCGUCUCUUAGCCCCCUGAUGGGCUCUCGCUUCUCCUUCAGCCCUGAGGACAUGCAGCGCUAUCUGCAGGCUCACACGCAGAGCGUUUAUAACUAUCACCUGAGCCCUCGCGCCUUCCUGCACUACUCCAGCCUGCUGAUCCCACAGCCACAGCGGCGAGACAAAGGCCCGGGCCCCAUGCUCGGUGACCGGGGUCUCACCGGCCCCCACCCGGUCCUGCCUCAGGCCCAUGGUCGCUCGACACAGGCAGCUGAGGACUCUCACCUCUUCCCCUUUGAGUUCAAGCUUCAACCACCACCAUUGGGGCGCAAACAGCGAGAAGGGCAUGCCCCACACAGGCCCGCCACCAAUGGCAUGGGCCCCGGUUCCAGGUCGAUUCCUGGCUCCUCCAACUCCUCGAGCAGCAUAGAUAGGCUGCCUAAGAUCAAGGUGGAACAUAUCUCUGACGUAGAAUCAGAGGAGGAGGUGGAGGUGACCGACAUCAGUGAGGAGGAGAAAGAAGCAGAAAAGGAGCGGGACCUGCCUUCAUCCCCAGAGACACAGCCCGACGGCAGCCCCACGCCGCAACCGUCUGAAGACGACUCUGAUGAGGAUGUGUUCAAGACUCCUGUGACUCCCCCAUCACCUCUCCCCAGUCACUCAUCUCUCUGGCCUUCAAGCUCCGCCCCAACGGAGCGUCCCGCAGGUGGGAGCACAAAGUGCAUCCCCCUGAAACUGCGCUUCAAGCGGCGCUGGAGUGAGGACCAGCGGCUGGAAGCUGAUGGUGGUGGUGUUGGUGAGGCCGACGACAAGAAGGUGCGUGCGGAGAAGGGGAAGGGAGACUGGCAGCAGCAUGGGAGCUGCGGCCUGCAGAGCCCCCCUCCCCCAAGCCAGCGCCGGGCGAGUGCUGAACUGCAGCGUGCCACAGCCCAGCUCUCCCUGGGGGGCGAUUGCUGAGUGUCCCACUGCACAGGCACUGCCAGCUGUUGCGGGUUACAGGACAGGAGCAUCUCUGUGGCCUUACAGGCUCCGUCCUGCCCUGUCUGACAGCGCCCCCUCUGGCCACCCCUUGCCAUUCACCCAACAGAGCUGUUCCAAGAUGUGUGACGACGACUGGCUGAAUGCGGAAUGUUCGGAUGCCCUUGGAUCGCACCCAACUUGCUUGCAUUCUGAUAGGCUGGGAUUGUAAUCUUUUGGCAACUAUUGGAACCAGUGUUGAUUUUUCAAGUGCCUAUUAUAAACUAAACUUGUAUACUUGCAGCGAAUAAGGUGUUUUAGGUUUGCUAUUCCUGGACACUUGGGUCAACUGACAGACUUCACAGACGACUAUGAUCUUGAUGUCUUUGUUUCUUGGGGAAAACGCUUCAUCAAUGGAAAACAAAAGCUGCAGUCUGUGGGUCCAUGUGUGUCUGUCUUGUACCGGAUCCAGGCUCUGGAUUAUGAUUGGGUUUGGCGCUGGAUUAGCUGUGUUACUGGCCUUUCCAGUUGGCACGCGGUUGCUGGUCUCUCCCACCAGCACACGUGGUGCAUUCCUAAAGCCUAUAGUGUGGAAGGUGAUGGAGAUUUGCAGAAGAUGGUCUCUUUUGGGUUUGUGCUGUUCUCUUUAUAAGAGACAAACAUGAUGUGUUUUAAUGGGUGUCAGGCUGCACCCUCCAUCUGCCUUUUGUCCUGCUCUCUUUGUUCCUUUUGGUGAGAUGAACAUCUGAUUUCACACACCACCUUUUCUCUUUCUCCACACAUUUACCUUUUUUCUUUUAUUCACCGCUGACGGCAAGAGAGAAAUUCAUCGUUCCCAGUUACCUGGAAAACACCAAAGGAUGUCUAAUCAACACUAAUAUAGGCCUUACACAAAUAAUUUAAUCCUGUUUUUGCUUUUUGUCUCGUAAUUAGAAAUGAGCUGGUUGUCUCUGUAUUACACUGAUGUUCUGAGUUGUUUUUUAUUAAAGCAGGUAAGGGACUGGCUUAAGGAAACUGCUUUCUUGAGAUUACAGUAACUUUAGAUAUUAGUGUUUUUUGGAAACUGCACCUGUACAUUCUACCUUAUCACAUCUAGUCGACAUAAGUUCUCGGCUUUUGCUUCUGCUGUUUGAGACUUCGUGCCAUCACCAAUCACAGAUCAGCAAUAUCCUAACCUGAUUCUGGGAAUUGCAGUCCAACCGGUUAUGUCAGAUGAGGCCACAUCCAGAGGUAAUUUGUAAUUAUGUUUACAUACGUGGAUUGGGACCUUGCAUGCGACCCGAAUCAGACUUGGCUAAAUCCUAUGUAUCACAGCCUUUGUGUAGGUGGUCUGCAAAAGACAGCUAGUCAAGUCAACUAAUGGCACGUGAUUCAUAGUUGGAGUCGUAGGUUAUCUGAUAAUCUGCUAUCUGAGUUAAUGGUGGUUAAUAGGUUAAUCACAGUGAAUCCAGUCCAUUGAAAUAUAAGCCAUUUAAAGUGAUUUCCAUUCCCAUUUCAUUGAGAAAUGGCCAAGUCCAAGAUGAGAUCCAGACGAUGCCACACGCUGCCUUUUUGGCCUUUAUAUGGCUCAUGUGAAUUUAAGGGAAAUCACAACAUCAGACACCAGCUAUACAUUUUAUAUAUAAUGUGUAUAAUAUAUGAUGAUUAGUGAUUUAGAAUAAUUCCAUUUAAGUUUCAGGACUCACCCCAAGUAAACAUGGAGGGAGUUUGAUUUUAUUCUUAAAGUAUUUUACAAGAAAUAGAAACUGACCUUUUUUUUGUUUGUAAAAUAGAGAAGCAAAUGCUGAAAGAUCCCAGAUUGUGCAGCUUUACCGAAAUGCCUUAUUGAGAGUUUGUACCUGUCGGAUGGACCCGCAGUCCCAGCAUGCCUCUGGCUCUGCCCCCACCUGAAGACCAUCAGAGUCGCGGCAAACUAAACUCCAAACAUUUCCCCAGUUAUGAUGUCGGUCAGGGGAGUGGUGAAGCAGAUCAACAUGGGAAAUUAGAACAUGGAGUCGAGUCUGAAAUGUCACUCCUCACUUGUCCCAUGGUCUGUGUGAGGCAGGCAAUCUGAAGUGCGUAGAGGUACCUCCGGUGUGGGGAGUGUGCUGGCCUAGGAUGUUGGAGUAGGAGUGCGUCCUGUACGGGUGAGUAUGCUGGUUGAGUGCGUCACAGGAGAGUGUCCUGUACGGGGAGCGCACUGGCUGAGUGCGUCACAGGAGAGCGUCCUGUAUGGGAAGUGCACUGGCUGAGUGCAUCACAGGAGAGCGUCCUGUAUGGGAAGUGCACUGGCUGAAUGCAUUUGCCAUCCUUGCCUCCGGUUCGGUUUCCACCGGAGGCCUUUUUGUUCACUAAGGACUGUGAUGAGUCUCUAGUGAUGUCUGCAUGGAUGCAACAGACACAGCUGUAAACAGUCAGUUUAUGUACUGAGUCUGCGCAGUCGCAGCCACUUUCUGCAUAGGUGAGAGCUCGCAGUGGCAGUGAUGGCACCAUGCAGUAUUACGGCUGUCCAUUAAUGGUCUUCUUGCAUCUUUCUCACCAGGCUUGUAGCUUUUUUGCCAUUUGGUUGUGGACAUGAUUUUUAUGUUCUCUCCCUGUCUCUCACCACAGUUUUCUAGCCACUCCUCCCACCUUUCAGGAGUAUCUUUCGUAUUUACAUUUCCUUUGAGAACUUCACUGUACACACUGUUGGGGAAGGACCUUGGUGGGGGGGGUGGGGUGGGAGGUAUGCUUGUUGUAUGUUGAUAUUCAUUUUGAAAUGCUCUUUUGUUCUUGUAUGCUGUGUAUUUAGGGGAUAUUAAUCAUUUUAAGAGAAAUAAUUUUACUGUUAAUAUUUGUCCCUACAGCCCACUUCUCAGUGAUUACAUGGCUCAGUGGAUGGGGGGCAUUUUUAGGAUGUUCCAGUGAAUGUUAAUGCUCCCUUACACUCCCUCUUCCCAAAUGUAAUUAAAUUGUAAUCAGGGUUAAAAAGUCAA